ACCCUUAUAGUUUCAUCUUUCUCUCGCCGCAGCUCGAGUUUCUCCCUUAGUCGAGAGCAAGUUCUCAGCAAAAUCAACAAAGAACCGAAACGAGAGUGAAAGCAAUUGAUCUGGGUUUAAAGGAGAGUGAAAUCAAGUUCUCAUCUGCAAUUGUUCUGGCUUAAAACGAGAGUGAAAGCAAGUUCUCAUCAUCGUCGCAGCUCGAGUUCUUCUUUUGUCGAAAGCAACUUCUCAGCAAAACUUCCUCUGGGUUUACACGAAAGCCGAACCUUAUCUGGGUUUUGCUUCUUAUUUGAUACAUUAAUGUUGAUGUGUAUCGAGCUACUGAUGUUGAUUUGGAGCUUGAUACAAUCUCCUACCUUGUGAAAUCAUGCGGUUCAAGCAAUUCCAGCUAAUCGGUUACAUGAAUUUGAAAAGGAAGUUUAUUUUAUUGAAAAUCUCUGAAUUAUUCAGACUGAAUACACACAAAUAUGAAAAUGCAAUGCAGAGUAAGCCACAUGUUUGGCUUAUUUUAUUUAACCCUUAAUUAUUCACUCUAGUAGUACAACAAUUACUAAAACAAAGCAAACUAUACCUAGCCAAACUUAACCGAAUCAAACCGGUUAAGUUAGUUUUCGAACGACCAGCUCCAAAUGUCGUGACGCUCACCGGCACGUCCCAUGGAACCAGCAAAACCAGCGUACAUGUUUUGAAGAAGAACACCAUGAGUACUCUCGAACCUUGGAUCAAAGGCCUCUUCGUCUGUAAAUCCAUUUAAAGAGAUGGAGUUGGAUCCAAAGAAGUUUGUUGCACUAUUGGACAAAAUUGAAGCUGAAGCUGAUGAGUUUCUUCUAGCUCGAAACCAGAUGGUGGAGAAUGACAAGGAGAGGAAUGCAAACCGAGAGGCUCUUACAGCACUUAGGAAGAGAGCUCGGACAACAAAGACUAGUGUUCUUACUCCAUUCGAUUCUAUGAUGAAAGAUAUACAUGUGAGCUCAACGAAACCUUUGGUCCAAGAAGUUUGCUCCACAUGUGGAUCCCAUGACUCUAGUGAACCCACUUGGAUGAUGCUCCCAGGAGCUGAUCUUUUUGCUGCGAUUCCGUUUCAUGCUUUGCAUACAAUGCUUGAGAAAGAUGAAGAGAAAAUGGAGUUUGAAUCAAAGAAAUUGCAGAGCCUAGUGAAGGAGAAAGCUCUGUUUAUAUCGGAACUCGGGGCUCUUGCUGAUAAUAUUUCUCCAGGCGUUAUCAGAUCGCUGGUGGCUUUAAAGGACAAACCUUUAGUUAUGUAGAAAGUAGAAACAAUGUUGGUUUGUCACAAAAAGGAUAUUGGUGUCCCUGCUUUAUGAGAACGAAAUUUCAUUGCUUCUUGUAUGUUGUAAAAGUCAUUAUCCUUAAUAUUAUUUAUUUAUUUUAAUUAAAAUCACAAAA